ACGAGCCCAACCCAGUAAGAUAUUUACUUCCGGGUUAAAUUUGUAUUAUUUAACAUAAUUAUAGACAAAUUUUAGUAUUUCAUUGGAAAAUGUUUUAAAUCGUACAGUAUUAGACGGCAACAAACAUCUCUCGAAUAUUCCUGUGAUAAAGGAUAACCACUAAACCAGAUUUGAAGAUCAUACAAGAAGCUGAGUAUAUGAAGACAACACAAGACAAAAAGAAGUAAGGAUCAAAUGAAGAGAUUUACAGCUUAUUGUGGCCAGCGUAUCUCUUAAUUACAGUUUAACAAAUAUCAGUGCAACAAAUGUAAUAGCACAGAUAAAAAGAAGAAUUUAAUUAGAACAAAUAAAUUAGAUUGAUUUAUUAGAACAAAUUAUUGACACUAAAAGGAUAGAAUUUUGAAAAUGACAACCAAUUUGGAUUUAAUUGAAAACUUUAAUUGAAAAGUAGGGAGCAGUAUUGAAGCUGCAGAUGGUACUUUGUAGAAAAAAUGAAGAUUUCAGUGCAAGGCAAAAAUGUCGCAGUAUGUGAAAGCUGAGAAGAAGUUAUUCAAUAAAAGUGUGCAAGAAUAUAUAAUAAAGCCACUCAUUAAACAGCGAGAAACUGGAGAACUUUGUGAUGUUGAGAUAAAUUUGAAUGGGCGAUUGUUUUAUGCUCACCGAGCAAUACUUUCAUUAUGGAGUCCUUAUUUUUUGUCAAUGUUCACUUGCGACAUGAAAGAAAAACUAACAAAUGUUUUAGAUUUGUCUGAGUCUUUAAUGAUUGAAAAUGAUAAUGUUUUUGAUCAGAUUUUGAACUAUAUGUACACUGGAGUGAUUCAGUUGACAAAUACAAAUGUGGAAGAUAUUGUGCGUGUUUCAGAUUUUCUCUUGAUGGAUGAUGUUAAGGAAUACUGCAGUCAGUUUUAUCUUGAACUCGGGAAUCUUGACUUAACUAACUGUUUAAGAUUGAAAUAUCUCUCAGAAAAUCAUAAUUUACCACUUGUGGCGAGUGCCUGCCAGGCGAUGAUUGAAUCUCGUUUUCAUGACCAUCUUAUUCAUCAGGAAGAGAUUAUUGAAUUACCAAGUUUCUGUCUGUUUAAACUGCUGGAGGACCCAACUGUGGUAAAACACACCAAAUAUAAUCAACUGAAAAAGCUUGUGCAACGUUGGGUUGCAGCAGAUAGUGAGUCACGUCAGAAAUACCAGAAUGAACUAUAUCGAUGUAUCAAAUUGUGGGUUUGUGAGCAUAUCUGCGAUGUGCCCUCUGGUAUUCACUCAAGUUGCUCAGCAAGUGUGAUACUGCAGCCUACAUCACUGAAUUGCAGGAACAGUCAUGACUAUAUGUCAGCUAGCAUUUCUUGUCUUGAAAAUCAGGAAUCUUGGACAACAAGACCAAAAACAUGUCGAGUUCCAGCAAAGCUGCCUGUUUUGCAUGCAGUUAUUUGCAAUCAGGGUAUGAAAUUCUUAAAAUUCAUGGUAUACAAUAUUACUCAUCAAAAAUGGUUGCAUUUUCCAUUGGCAAGUGAGAAGAUCUUACAGAUCCUUCCUGCACGGCAAACGAUUGGAAACAUGAUCUCGCACAAAAACCAUCUGUAUAUGUAUCUCUGCUCAUCGUUUCCAUAUCCGACAGAUAUGAUGAAAAUCAACAUUCUUGUUGUAGAUGUGAUCAAAUUUCAAGCUUCUUUGUACAGUUUCCGAACAGUGGACUUUUAUAACCCUUGUUAUCGUACAACACUGACAAACUGUCGAACCGUUCCGCCAGCAAUGGUUUACUGUAACCAGAAUAUAUAUAUUGUUGGAAACAAGGAAGGCACCGGACAUUUGUUCCUUUGCAACCUACAUACACAACAGUACAAAUGUUACCAAAUACCAGGAACACGUUUUAUCAGUCUAGCAAGAGCAACUGUUAAAGAUGACAGGUUCAUUUUUCUCUGGUUUAGAUUUCGAACAGGGCCUUCAGAAGAAUUCUGCAUCAAAAAAUCAGUAGGUUUUGCCAUGUUUGAUGUCAAGUCAAAAAUAUUCAACACAUGGGACAUUGCACCACCUGAAAUUUCCUAUGAUGACUUUGCGACUCCUUACACACUUUGCUGCAGGGACAAUACAGUCUUGAUAUAUUACCCAGGGAAACCAACUCUUGUUCUAGAUGAAAUAAGAUACAAAUGGAUUACGUCACUACGUAGAUUGCCAUCGCCAAUUCAAAUGACAAAACUGAACUCUGAAUCUAUCGAGACUGACUUUUCAAGAUUUCAGCUUCAGACAGCCACAGAAAACAGUAUCUUUAUUUUAAAUAACGAUGCUCCAUAUACCACAUCAAUGUAUGAGGUGAGUGAAUCGCUGCCACAAGCAUCGUGUCAUACUCCGCCACCCAUCGACAGCAUCUCCAUGGUUACAAGUGGCUACAUGGCAACCUCUGUACUGAAUGACCUUCAGCAAUUUGAUAGAUACGAUGAUAUGUAUGCAAGUACGCUGCAUGUAGCGUUGCGGGUGUCUGACCCGGAAACUGAGGAUAGCGGAGGAACGUCCAAUUCUGAGCGUGAUUCAGAUAAUGAGUACGAGUAUGAUGAAGACAUUUAUGACUAUGACUAUGAUCUGGAGGCAGAGUUCGCAUUUUAGAAGUAAACUAGAACCUGAACAAAACUUGUUCACUGUGUCUAUGUACAUAAAAAGUCUACAUUUUGUCUAGAAAGUUUGACAUAUUAUAGAUUGUCACUGAGGUUAGUGGUCAGGCUUACCACUAUGUAACUGUAAUAAUGUUACUCAUAUUUGUUUAAUAUGGAAUGAGUAAUAAAUUAACUGUGUUUCUUUAUGCAACUUGAGAAUUUGAUUUUUUUAUGAGUUACUUCAAAUGUCUAAUGAAUACAUGUUGUGUCUUUUAAAAUGGCAUUUUUAAAAUUGUUACUGAGAUUAAUUUUAUUUCAAAACAUUAACUGGAAUAUCUAAAUGCAAUAUAUAUAUUUAAUUUUUGUAUUAAAAGUGUUUUGACCAGAAGUUUCUUUUUGAUAAAAGCAUAUUUUUGACCAGAUUUGACCAGAAGAUUCAUUUUGAUAAAAGCAUAUUUUUCACAUAAAUGCAUUGUUAUCCCCUGACGAAAGUCGGAGGGAUAUAGUUUUGGCGUUGUCCGUCCGUCUUUCCGUCCGCCCGUCCAUCCGUCCGUCCGUCCGGAGCCAUAUCUAGGAAAUGGUUGGGAAUAUUUAUUUAAAACUUCAUAUACAUGUUCACCACUAUGAGUUCUUACGGCCCGUCAAGUUUCAGUCAGAUUGCCCAAGUAACACCAGAGUUAUGGCCCUUAGAAGUUUCUAGUGUUUACUAUAUAGGAUACUAUAAAUAUGGCAAUUUCUGCAUCAUAACUUUUGAUAUAUUUGACCUUGAACUAUGAAACUUUAACAGAAUUUAGAGCACUAUAAUGUGGUUGUGCACACAAAAUUUCGUAUGGACUUCUUUUGUAACUGCAGAGUUAUUGCCCUUUAAUUGUCUAAAAAUCCACAUAUUUGUACAUAACAAACUUGCCAUUUGGCAGAAUUUCAUUAAAUUUCUUUCAUUCUUUCCUGUGAACAUUUAUUGUAAACAUGUGAAGUUGCGCACCCACACCUGGUCGCCCACUUGCCUUGGUCACCCAGGGUGACCCCGGGGUCAAAAUUGACCCCUCCCCAGGGGUCAUUUGAUUUUACAUGGGAAAAUCUUUAAAACUCUUCUUCUCAAAAACCAGAAGCUCUAGAGCUUAGAUAAUUGACUUGUAGCAUUGCCUAAUGGACCUCUACUAAAGUUUUUUAAAUCAUGACCCCGGGGUCAAAAUUGACCCCGCCCCAUGGGUCACUUGAUUUUACAUAGGAAAAUCUUCAAAAAUUUUCUAAAAAUAAACCAGAAGGCCUAGAGCUUAGAUAUUUCACAUGUAGCAUUGCCUAGUAGACCUGUACAAAAUUUGUUCAAAUCAUGACCCCAGGGUCAAAAUUGACCCUGCCCCAGGGGUCACUUGAUUUUACAUAGGAAAAUCUUCAAAAAUUUUCUAAAAAUAAACCAGAAGGCCUAGAGCUUAGAUAUUUCACAUGUAGCAUUGCCUAAUGGACCUCUACAAAAUUUGUUCAAAUCAUGACCCCCGGGGUCAAAAUUGACCCCGCUUCAGGGGUCACUUGAUUUUAUAUAGGAAAAUUUUCAAAAAAUUUCUAAAAAUAAACCAGAAGGCCUAGGUCUUAGGUAUUUGACAUGUAGCAUUGCCUAAUAGACUUCUACAAAAUUUGUUCAAAUCAUUACCCCCAGGGUCAAAAUGACCCUGCCCCAUGGGGUUACUUCAUUGUACAUAGAAAAAUCUUCAAAAUUUUCUUAAAAUAAACCAGAAGGCCUAGAGCUUAGAUAUUUCACAUGUAGCAUUGCCUAGUGGACCUCUUCAAAAUUUGUUCAAAUCAUGACCCCUGGGGUCAAAAUUGACCCCGCUCCAGGGGUCACUUGAUUUUACAUAGGAAAAUCUUCAAAAAAUUUCUAAAAAUAAACUAGAAGACCUAGAUCUUAGAUAUUUGACAUGUAGUAUUGCCUAGAUGACUUCUACAAAAUUUGUUCAAAUCAUGACCCCCGGGGUCAAAUUGACCCUGCCCCAUGGGGUUACUUGAUUGUACAUAGAAAAAUCUUCAAAAUUUUCUAAAAAUAAACCAGAAGGCCUAGAGCUUAGAUAUUUGACAUAUAGCAUUGCCUAGUGGACCUCUACAAAAUUGGUUCAAAGGGGUUACUUGAUUGUACAUAGGGAAAUCUUCAUAAAUUUGCUAAAAAUAAACCAGAAGGCCUAGAUCUUAGAUAUUUGAUAUGUAACAUUUCCUAGUAGACUUCUACAAACUUUGUUCAAAUCAUGACCCCCGGGGUAAAAUUGGCCCCGCCCCAGGGGUUACUUGAUUGUACAUCGGAAAAUCUUCCAAAAAAUUUCUAAAAAUCAUCAGUUUGACAUUAGAAACAUGUAGCUCAUAUUACUCUGGUGAGCGAUCCAGGGUCAUCAUGACCCUCUUGUUUUUCAUUUUUAAUUUUCCAUCAAUAUUUAUAAUCAACAUGUGAAAUUAUGUUUCCUCUCCCGUUCCCCCGCACCCCAACACCCUUAAAAAAUAAAUAUAUAUACAUAUAUAUAUUUCCAUUCCUUUUUUUUUUUUUUUAAAUGUUCAAACCUUCAACAUGUUAAGUUGUGACUGCACAAGCCUUGCCCUCAGUCAUGUUCAAGAUUUCUUACCAGUGUUCUCAUAAGGACUUCCGUUUUUUUAAGUUCAAAUGUACAUGUUAAACAACAACACCUGGGGCCAAACCACUCAAAGACAAUAUUUCGUUCCACUUAAACUUCAAGCUCAUAUUUCAAUUAACUGCAUUUAAUUUUAAAAGCUAAGCCUAUUACAGUAAGCAUAUCCCAUUCAAAAUAAAUUCUUUAGUCAGGAUCAAAGUAUCAUACAUUUAUUAUGUACUCUUUAAUUAAACAUUUGUUUUCUGUUAAAUUGAUUUUGACUAAUGAAAUUAUUUGCUUCUUAUUAACCUCCUUAACAUUUUGCCGGAUAUAUUUUUUUGCCAUUCCUCACCACAAACCCUUUCGGCGGGGGAUACCAAUUCAUCGAAUUUGCUUGUUCUUUUAAAUUUUGACAAAAAACUAGGUCAGUCUAAAGAACAAAGAAAACAAGCCAUUUUAGCCUGUAAACAUUAAUGUCAUAUUGUUUUUGCCCAGUCCAUCUGUCUUUCUGUCCGUCCGUCACACUUCAUUUCCGAUCAAUAACUGGAGAACCAUUUGACCUAGAACCGUCAGACUUCAUGGGAUGGCAGGGUUUAUGGAGUAGACAACCCCUAUUGUUUUUGGGGUCACUCCAUCAAAAGUCAAGGUCACAGGGGCCUGAACAUGGAAAACCAUUUCCGAUCAAUAACUUGAGAACCACUUGACCCAGAAUGUUGAAGCUGCGUAGGAUGAUUGAUCUUGCAGAGUAAAUGACCCCUAUUGAAUUUGGGGUCACUCUGUUAAAGGUCAAGGUCACAGGGGCCGUAACAUUGAAAACCAUUUCAGACAUGCAGAGUGGAUGACCCUUAUUGAUUUUGGGGUCACUCUGUGAAAGGUCAAGGUCACAGCAGACAGAACAUGGAAAUCAAUUUCCGGUCAAUAACUUGAGAACCAUUUGACUUAAAAACUUCAAACUUCAUAGGGUGAUAGUUUUUACAGAGUACAUGACCCCUAUUGUUUUUGGGGUCGCUCCAUCAAAGGUCAAGGUCACAAAGGGCUGACUAUAAAAAACUCUUUCCAAUCCCAAUCAAUAACUUGAGAACCACUUGACCCAGAAUGUUGAAACUUAUUAGGAUGAUUGGACAUGCAGAGUAGAUGACCCCUACUGAUUUUGGAGUCACUCGAUCAAAGGUCACCAGUUCCAAAAAAUACAGGGUUCUUACUGUGAAUAAGGUAAAUGUAUACCUCCUGGGAAUAAGAUGAGGCUUAGUCUGUUUUGAUUGGUCAGUUAUGGAAACAACCCAAGAAGUAAUUUUUUUGAAUUUGACAUUUUCUCCUUAAUUUAAUGUUUAAUGCAUAACAAUUUCAUUAAAAACCUUUCUCCCAUAAUGUCAACAACGUAACCACAAAGUAUCAUUUAUUUAUUAUAUCAUUAUAUAUUUGUCCGUUAUUAUGGUAGGAAAAUGACAGUUUUUGAAAAAAAAUGUGAUUAGAUAUACAUGCUUCGAGUUUUGGAAGGCUGUACGUCUGUAUGUAAUAGUGGUUUGCGUUAAACUAUAACAGUUGGAAAUUUAUGAAAAAGGCUGACCAACAGUCAUUUUAAUGUGUUUAUGCAUUACACCAUUCACACAGUUGAGGAUUUUUUUCCGCCAUUAUCUGACUAGCCUGGAAGUGCUGCUUGAUUACCUAUUAAUAGUACAUGUACUAUUAUACAUGUAAGUACUUGUCUGAGGCAAGGGUUGUCAUUAUUUGCAAACACUGCCAUGAAAUAAAUAUCAAAACUUCAGUUAUUAGUAUAAACCAAACUUUCAUUAAAUUCACAUUAUAAUUUUGUAGAAUCAUUUUCGAUUAUUCUAAGGACCUGGCAAUCAAUAUAUAGAUCUUCUUUAAUGUGUUUCACUCUUUGAAAAAGUUAGGUUCUAUUUCUACUUCAUCAGACUGGGUUUUUUGCAUCAUUAUGUGGUCCUGUCCAAAAUUGUUCAAAUGGGGGCAUUCAGCUUCUGUUAGGGGUCGCUAGAGCUAAAAAUAGAGAAAAAAAGUUUAAAUGACCUAAUGAACCACUUGGUUGAUCUUCAACAAACUAGGUCUGUAGAAUUUUUUAAAGAUUUUCUUUACAGUAAAAUUUGUUCAAACUGGAGCAUUUUGCCACUUUCAGGGGCUGCUGGAGGUAAAAAGAAAAACUAGUACCUUAAAUUGAUUGAUUUUCAUUAAACUUGGUCUGUGUCCUCUACAAAAUUUGUUGAAAUGGGGGUGCUUGGCCCCUUAAAGUGGCUGCUGUUGCCAAAUAGAACUAUCUUUAAGACUCCGUCUCAUGAAUUGCUUAAUGGAUCUUCAUCAAAUCUGGUAUGUAGUCUGCUCCCAAUUUUUUUCAAAUGGCUCUUGGCCUGUUUUAGGCGCCAAUAGAGUUAAAAAUAGAUCUUUUCAUGAACUGCUUGUAGGGCUUCAUGGAACUUGGUCAGUAACAUCUUUGGAAGAUUCUCUCUCAAUUUUGUUCAAGUGCUGUCACAUGGUCCUUUUUAGGGGCCAAUACUAAACACACAUAUAUACAUAUAUUCAAGGUCAAAGAGCGUUGGUCUAUGGAUCGCGGGGUUGCGAGUUCGAUCCUUCGGCGGGGCGUAUGUUCUCCAUGACUAUUUGAUAAACAACAUUGUGUCUGAAAUCAUUAGUCCUCCACCUCUGAUUCAUGUGGGGAAGUUGGCAGUUACUUGCGGAGAACAGGUUUGUACUGGUACAGGAUCCAGGAACACUGGUUAGGUUAAUUGCCCGCCAUUAUAUGACUGAAAUACUGUUGAAAAAUGGUGUCAAACCCAAAACAAACAAACAGUUAAGGUCAAGUGUGCCACUAACCACUGCUAUGGCUCUCUUUUUGAAAAGUCUUCCUGUUAAGUGAUGUAGGAUGUACUAGUAGAAGGAACUGAUAAAGAAGAACAUUUCCAUUCCAUUUAAUAUUAAACUGAUCUACAAUUCAGAUGCAUUUGCUUUUGAUUAACCUACAAAAUGUAAAUACAGCUCUCACAUUCCAAUUUUCAUGAAACAUAAAUAACCCCCAAAGAUGGGAUAAUCCAAAAGUGAAAAUGUUCAUUUGGUACUUUUUGUUUCAGUGCUGUUAUCUAUAUGAGCACUGUAUUGUACUGUGCAUUGCUCCAUGAAAGGGUAUGUUUUGAUGCAACAUACAACAUAUCUGCUGUUCCAAUAACUGCCAUUAGUUGACAGUUUAUUGAUUUCAGGUGGUUUAUGUUGCUGAAAAUAGAGCUUAAAGUCCUAUUGUUUGAAUGAUAACAGUCUCACUAGAUAUAAAUAGUAUUAGGACAUCUUCUGGUCAAAAUUGAACAAAGAACCAUGUUUUUUUGGCAGUAUUAAAGUUAAUUCCUGUAGAAAUUGUGUGUAAGGAGAUCAUAUAUUGUUAAGUUUUAUUAUGAAAGUUUUAUUAUGAACAUGUAUGAUUGCUAUAUGCAUUUUGUUAUUUACUUUUACAAAUAUGUGCAAUAAUUCUACACUUUUUAUCUAGUCAUUCUAGUCCAAACAUUCCAUACUGCAGUUCACAGCUGCUGCAGUAAACAUUGAAGAGCAGAAACAUUCAGGUUUAGAGCAAGCGGUCAUGCUAUAAAGUUUGAAGGCAAAGUUUCAUAAAUAGUGACAUUGUACUUGAUGAUAAGAUUUUGAAUAAAUUAAAAGAAUUUAAAAAUCUUUUACUGGUUGAAGGUGCGAAUUGAAAUGUAUGACUCUUAAGUAACUACAUGUACAUAGGCAGUUACACGGCUCUGUCGAGGUACUGCAAAGACAGUUACCUGAGAGCCAGAUAUUUUCAUCUGCACCUUCUACCAGUGACAGAUUCUUUGCAUGCCUACCAUAUUCUUCAUAUGAUAGAUGAAAUAAAAUAAAAUGAACACUUUUCUUGUAAGCACUAAUUUAUUAUAAUAGUAUAUGAAUUUACAUAUUUAUUCAUAAAUUACAGCACAAGAGUCAUCUUACACUUUUGGAGUAAGAUGAGUUUUACCAGCAAUGGCAAAAACAUUCCUUCUAGCAUGGAAGAGAAUAUUGAAGAAACUUUUUGAUUGUUUACCAAAGUAUGAGUAUUUUUACAUAUGGAAAACAGCCAUUCCCUGAAACUCUCACAUAGUAUGAUGCACUUUACAUUUUCAACUAUUUUUUUGUUCCAGUACUGUCCUAUUUAACACAUGAAUAAAAUAUUACUAAAUU